UGACAAAAUUAGCUUUAAGUAGACUUGACUACAAUCACACAAUAAACUUCAAUUUUUUCCGAUUGAACCGAAAAUGUGGAGAUCGUCGAUCUGUUUCGCCGCCCUAACGCUGUUGUUGGUCGCUUCGGCCUCCGCUGACGACGUCGUUGUCCUCACCGAGGAGAAUUUCCACCAAGAGGUCGGCAAAGACCGCGGUGCUCUCGUCGAGUUCUACGCUCCCUGGUGUGGACACUGUAAGAAGCUUGCUCCUGAGUUUGAAAAGCUCGGUGCAAGUUUCAAGAAGGCAAAAUCUGUUUUGAUAGGAAAGGUUGAUUGUGAUGAGCAUAAGAGCCUUUGCAGCAAGUAUGAGGUUUCUGGGUAUCCAACUAUCCAAUGGUUCCCUAAAGGUUCCUUGGAGCCAAAAAAGUAUGAAGGUGCAAGGACUGCUGAAACCCUUGCUGAGUAUGUUAACAAUGAAGGAGGUACCAAUGUCAAGAUUGCCGCAGUCCCUUCAAAUGUUGUGGUUCUGACUCCUGCUAACUUCAAUGAGGUUGUACUUGAUGAGAAAAAGGAUGUGCUAGUUGAGUUUUAUGCACCCUGGUGCGGUCAUUGCAAGAGCCUUGCUCCUAUCUAUGAAAAGGUUGCAACAGCAUUCAAUCUGGAGGAAGAUGUGGUCAUUGCUAAUCUUGAUGCUGAUGCACACAAGGAUCUUGCAGAAAAGUAUGGUAUUACCGGUUUUCCUACAUUGAAGUUCUUCCCAAAAAACAUCAAGGCUGGUGAAGAUUAUAAUGGUGGCAGAGAUGUAGAUGAUUUUGUUACUUUCAUUAAUGAGAAGUGCGGAACGAACCGAGAUGCGAAAGGAAAACUCACCUCCAAGGCUGGCAUCAUUGAGGACCUUGGAAGCUUGGUGAAGGAAUUUAUGAGUGCAAAAGGCGAGGAGAAGAAAGUUGUAUUCAAACGAUUAGAAGAAGAAGCUGGGAAGCUGAAGGGUUCAAAUGCAAGAUAUGGGAAGAUCUAUGUGAAAGCUGCUAAGAGCUGCAUGGACAAAGGUUCCGAUUAUGCAAAGAAUGAAAUCCUACGUUUGGACCGCAUAAUUGCUAAGUCAAUCAGCCCAAAUAAGGCCGAAGAAUUCACCCUAAAGAAGAAUAUCUUAUCGACGUUUGCUUAAGAUGAGUGAUGAAAUGCAGUGUGGUAACUCGAAGGAAUUCUUCUUCUCCUAGGGUGAAAGAAACAAGAGCUUCUACCUUCGUGAUUCAGUUACUUGAAAUAUGAGUAGCAAGAGAUAUAAUUUGUAUUACAAAAACAAAAACAGAUAGUUUCCACCAGUAGUAAUCAUAGAGGAUAUUUGACAAUUACAAUUUUUUCAUAUUAACAAACUUGUAAGUUAAUGCAGAUUUUGAGUUGUUCAGCAGGUCAUCUUAUUUUA